AUAGUGAUAGUGUCUAGUGCUAGUGAGUGGCAGUGGCAGUCGGUUUUUCAGUGCCGCGUCGAGUGGUUGUCCCUUUCCUACACACCACCUACUAUCAUACACACGUGGCUGCAUUACAGGGUCCAUCAUGGCCACACCUUCCUCUGAUAAAGGAUGCUUCAGAAGACUGAGCGACAAGUUGACAUGUCGCCAAGUACUGAACAUGAUGGUGUUGUUCGGCUUCAUGGUGAACUACAUGUUGCGGGUGAACAUGACCAUCGCCAUAGUAGACAUGGUGGUGCCAUCCAACACCACCAAGGACGGUGUGGAAGUGAUACAUUCAGAGUGUGUGGCUGAAACUCCGAUCAGCAACGUCACCAUAGACUCGGAGCCGCUGUCCACACUCUCCACACCGGUGGAUCAUGGUAUACGGUUCCCGUGGGAUGCCAAACAGCAGAACAUGAUCAUUGGGAGUUUCUUCUGGGGCUACAUCUGUACGGAGCUGCCCGGCGGACGGUUGGCGGAGAUGGUUGGAGCUCGGAGAGUGUUUGGAUACUCCAUGUUGGCCGCUGCUAUCAUCACUCUCAUCACUCCCUUGGCUACCAGAGUCGGCUACGUAGUGGUGGUCAUCUCCAGGGUCCUACUGGGGUUCAUGUUGGGAGCGACUUGGCCGUCUGUACAACCCAUGGCUGCCAAAUGGAUCCCACCCAAUGAGAGAAGCAAGUUUAUCUCCAACAUGAUGGCAUCGUCCCUGGGAGCAGCCAUCACUCUGCCAGUGUGUGGGUUCCUCAUUGCUCACUUUGGCUGGGAGAGUGUGUUCUAUGUGACGGGAGUGAUUGGCGUCAUCUGGGCCAUUGUGUGGUUCCUAGUAGUAUUUGAUCACCCGGCCGAUCAUCCACGCAUCUCGCCUCAGGAGAGACAAUACAUCGAGAGUGCGCUCGGAACUUCCUCUACCUCCACCAGCCACAAGGCUUUGACAGUGCCUUGGAAGAGUAUCAUCACAUCUCCACCAGUGUGGGCAAUCGUCAUCACUCACGGAGCAAGUGUCUUCGGAUACUUUACUGUGGUCAACCAACUGCCUACUUACAUGAAGUAUAUCUUGGCGUUCAACAUUAAAGAGAACGGCCUUCUUUCAAGUCUGCCAUAUUUCGGGAAGUAUGUCAUGGCCAUCACUACCAGUUCAAUUGCUGAUUAUCUGAGGUCUUCUGGAAGACUGUCUACUACUGCAAUCAGAAAACUCUUCACAACAUUCGCUGUAAUGGUGCCGGGUUUGAUGAUGAUUGCACAGGUGUUCCUAGGAUGUGACAGGGUUGGUUCUAUUGUUAUCUUCACAGCAGCUCUCACGGUUAAUGGAGCCGUCACUGCAGGCUACCUUGGAAAUGGACUCGACAUUGCUCCAAACUAUUCAGGAACUAUUUUUGGGAUGGCAAACACCCUGUCUUCCUUUGGAGGUUGGCUCUCUGCGUACAUUGUUGGUCUACUCACUUAUCAAAAUCAAACUUACGCACAAUGGAGGAUUGUGUUCUGGAUCCUGGUUGGUACAUACACUGUCGGGGGUCUUGUGUUUCUGAUAUUUGGAAGCGGAGAUCUGCAGUCGUGGAACACACCUGGCGGGGGGCAAAGUCGGAAACCAGAUGUUGAAAUGCAAAACAUUAAAGAGAAGGAAGCCGUUCCUCUUAGAAGAGACAGUUCUUAAAUGCCAAGAACUCACUGACGAUUUUCUCACCGUGUUCCAUUUCACUAAGCUUACAUUCUCAUAAGUUACGGUAGCUUUAACAUGUACAUGUCUCAUUCAGUUAACGUGUAAGUUUAAAGCUUGAAACAGGCAAUAUUUUUUAUUUGUUUGUAUUUUAGUUGUAAGUUGGAUUUUACUAAGAGACAUUUCGAAUUUGAAUGAAUGAGCACGGAGAUAAUAGAUUGAAUCAUUCCCAUUAGAGUUGUAAAAAGUCUGGUAUUUUGUGUAUACGUUUUAUUCAUAGGUGAAAACGAUUUUGAUCCUUAGAAUUAGAAUUUAGAUUUUGAUCUGUUGUCAAUAUUGGGACCAACAAUAUACACACAAAAUAAAACAAGAAUAAUUGGAAAAUAUUUUCUGCUAUGCUUGAUGGGGUUUUAACAGUCAUAAAAGUAUUCUACUUUUUAACAAGUAAAAAAAAUCAGGAGGAAAUUCUUAGAAUUAAAACAAUUAAAAAAAAAUACCUAAACUACUUUGCCAAACUGCAAAGAAGGCUAUGUUAAGGCUGUUAAUUAAUCAAGCAGGCGUUGUUAUGUUACUAAUUUGGAUCAAUUAUAUUUAGAAACAAAAUGUUGCCAAUUCUUGUUAUAAAAACACCUUGACAAAUUUAAAACUGCAAUUAAUGAUAGAGAUUGUAGAAUAAUACUCCAUUGUAGUGUGUUAUUAACGCUUAGAAUAAAAAAAUGUUGUAAAAUUGUAUAAAUACAAGAAAAUAUUUUUUUAUUGGCUGUUACCUUAGAAUUUAGAUACACCAUAUUAUGUAGAGAAAUAGACAUUCUAAUAAUUAUAAGUUGUAUCCACUCCUAGAAUGAAAAUUAACUUGGCUCAACAAGUCUGUGACAGAGUUGGUCAUAGAUUACAGGAAAUAUAUCUCCACCAUACAAAAAAACCUACUGUAAAGCAUAGCAUGUUCCCAUCUACUGUUGUUCAUUUUAUUAUUAUUGUUCAUAUCAACCAGUUUUCAUACUGUUUAGUUUUAUUACUAUAAAAGUAUGAACAAAAAAAGAGAAAAUAGACAAAAAUUGUAGCACACUCUAUGAAAGACUCAUUUAACUACUUUCUUGUUGAGUAAAUACAGGCUACAAUUGGUCAAUAAAGAUGGGAUGUCUACUUCAUAUUCGUAAGCCAACCCCUAACAAAAAUUUUACAUUAUGACAAUGUUAAUAAAUGAUCAAAUACAUGAAUGAUUAAGUAAUGGUAACUAUACUAAACUAGUGCUAUACAAGUUCAAAAUAAGAUGUACUACUAUUAAAGUAUCACAACUAACUGUAAGGACUAUCAGAAAUUUAAAUUUCUAGUAAAAAUUUAGGUAGUAAAUAUUUUUGAAAUUUGUAUUUAUUGUUUGUAUUUUUUUGCUAUUUUUAAGAGUUGUAUAUAUGUAUUGUAUUAUAUUUUUAUUCAUAAAACUUGUUUGAAGGAAUAAUAUACUUAAGAAAGAGAUGAACUAUUAUGGAAAUGUUAUAUUUUCUGAUAUUAAAAGAUGUUGCAUUUUCUUAACAUA